CCUCACGUCAGCAGCGGGGAUCAGCACCACGGACAGCGGCAGCUCGGUAUCGAACCCGCGGAGCUCCUCGUGCAGCAGCAGCUGGAUCAGCAGCUGGAUCAGCAGCUGGAUCCCGGGGAGACUCGCCGGCCGCCGGGGGGACGACGGGUGGAGGAACAGCGGCUUGUUUACCGGGGGACAGUCCGGGUUUGUUUCUUCUGCUUCUCCUCCUCCUCCUCCUCCUCUUCCUCUCUCUCUCUAUUCCGGAAGUGGCUGCUGCGUUGGUUCAAUCUCCAAGCCGACCAUUUCGAGGAGGAAAAGCAGCGGCAUCAUCACCCCCCAUCUAUCUGAUCCAAUAAUCAAUGUCAUUACUGCCGGGUAAUUGCCCUCGGAUGCGUCUCCAUGCGGCUCUUUCGGUCUGAUCGGGACAAUCUCCGGGAUCCUUCAGCCUCCUGACGGUUGAUCCCCAUUUUUUCUUCAUUUUUUUUAUUUAUUUAUUUAUUUUGCUUCGAAAUGCUGAUGGACAUCGAGCGACGACGGGCAACUCGGGGCUCCGUGGGGCUUCUGCGUGGCCGUGAUUGAGCCGAGCUCCCGGGGAACAUGCACACGAGCGGGGGUUGUGUUGUUGUUGAUGUCGACGGUUCGGAUGGUCGCGGAUUGUCGGUGGAGGCUUCGCACGGGGGAGAUGGAGUAGAGGGGAAAACGGGACCAUGAUCUGACGCUUGGGGGGGGAUGAUCCACACACAGAGGGACAAUAAGAAGGAAGAACAAUAAGAAGAAUCGAGGAGACAUUUUUAUGGUCAAACUCCCAUUUUUAUCCUCCCAACACAUCUGGAUUAUGAUUCUCGACGAGAGCUCCAGAUGUGACUGUGUGGAUGGCGUGUCGCUGUGUUUUACAUCCCAUCCUCUGCUCUCUCCUCCGCUCGUCCACUCGCGCUCAGUCUUCUGCUUUGGGUAGCAAAACAUGUAGCCGAGGCUAUUUCUGCUGCAAGCCCACAUAGUGCAUCUUUAACACACACACACACACACACACAGACACACACACACACACUGAGGUGUUUUCUGCAGAAAAUGGACCGUGCACACGAGAACCAGUGCGAGUUGUGAUGUUUUCCGGAAGAUGCAUCCGAGGAAAAACGUUUGCUGAGUUGUUGAAGUGAUGAAGAAGAGGGGAAAUCUUUCAUCCGCAUUGGCUUCGACACACAUGCCAUCAGUGGGGCGAGAGCUUUCAUUUCUCUGAUUAGCAGGAGCCACGAUGAGGAUGAGCCCAGCAGGUGUAUGACGAAUAAGAACAAUAAUCAUAUUAAUAAUAGGGACAAAAACAUUUCCUCGGUUUGCUCCAGUCUACUUUAUGUAGCCAAACAUGUUCAAGUAUCGGAUCCGCAUGUUUUUCAAUGAACUGAAGGUCCUGGUGUUCAUGCGAUCCGAUUCGAGCCAGGCAGACACAGAGAGACGCUCCACCACCACCACCACCAUGCGAGGUCUGGGGAUGGGCGGCUGCGGCUGGCCCCCGUUCGUCGACUGCCAUUCCCGGGACGACGAGGAGGAGUACUACGGCAGCGACCCGCGGCCCCGGAGCCUGGCGUUCGAGGACAAGGAGCCCAAGCUGCAAGUGGGCCUGGACGCGGUGUCUCUGGCCAGCACCGCCAGCAGCCUGCGGACCCCCCAGUGCCGGAUCUGUUUCCAGGGCCCAGAGCAGGGCGAGCUGCUGAGCCCCUGCCGCUGCGACGGCUCGGUGCGCUGCACCCACCAGCCCUGCCUCAUCCGCUGGAUCAGCGAGAGGGGCUCCUGGAGCUGUGAGCUGUGCUACUUCAAGUACCAGGUCCUGGCCAUCAGCACCAAGAACCCUCUGCAGUGGCAGGCCAUUUCUCUGACAGUGAUCGAGAAGGUGCAGAUAGCCGCCAUCAUCCUGGGUUCCCUGUUCCUCAUCGCCAGCAUCUCCUGGCUCAUCUGGUCCUCCCUCAGCCCCUCGGCCAAGUGGCAGCGCCAGGACCUGCUCUUCCAGAUCUGCUACGGCAUGUACGGCUUCAUGGACAUCGUCUGCAUAGGCCUCAUCAUCCACGAGGGAUCAUCGGUGUAUCGAAUCUUCAAACGAUGGCAGGCUGUUAAUCAGCAGUGGAAAGUUCUGAACUAUGAGAAAUCCAAGGACUUGGGCGACCCGCUGAGCUCCAGCAAGGCGGGGAAUCGCGGCUCUCGCGGGAACCCUCACGGCCUGGCCAGCAGCAGCGGCGGGCGACAGAGCAGGAGGCUAAGAACUAUUCUGAACCACCACUGUGGCUACACCAUCUUGCACAUCCUGAGCCAGCUGAGGCCCAACCACCCGCGGAUCAGCGCCACCGCCAACCGGGAGGUGGUGAUGAGGGUCACCACCGUAUGAGUCGGGCCGUGCAGAGGGACAGACCUCAUCUCCCAGUGCAGAUGUAAAUGAGCUAAUAUUGAAUAAUACAGACUGACGUAGGCGACGGGUUCCUGGGAGGAGCCGAGCGAUGCCCGGAGCAUCAAUAGACAACACACCGGAGGAUUUCUCCUCUUGUUUCGUACAACAAAAGGAAGCCAGAUGCUCCUUUUCAAUAAUUAAAGAACUGAUGACAAUAAGGACGAAAAAGAAUUAAAAGACAUCAAACGAGAAUUGUGAGGAGGGAAAAACGUGUAAACGGGCUUUAUAACCGAAUCCGAGAUGAUGCGAGGAUUUUUCCAGUUUCAAUAUCAGGAUGCACAGAGACAUGUUUCUUUUUCUUUAUGAUCCUCUUGCUUUGAUUUGUACUUACUUCCUCUUUUAUUUUUUUGUGUUUUUUUACUCACUUUGAUUUUGUACGGAUGUAUGAUUUUAGAGGAAAUCGUGAAACACAGACAUACAUUUCCAGACGACUAUGUUUAAUGAUCUUUAAAAUUUCUACAAGCUGAUCAAUGCUGGUGAAUAAAAGACCGAAAACUGAAACCAACCAACAAACACGAGGGCGACACCGAGCAGGCGACGGAACAAUAAGUCAUUACAAGUUCAAAAAAAAAAAAAUGAAAACAUAAAAAAGACACAAAAUAAAAAAGAGAAAUCAGUGAGAUUUCAGUGACACUUAACCUUUCUGCAAUAAAGAAGCGUAUGUACAUUUCACAGGGAAUUUUGCAUGGGUAUAUAAUUUUAUUCUUCAUCACAUAACAGAAGCACAUGACAGAUUUGCUCUACUUCGAAUGGUGCUUGCCAAAAUAAACACUUUGAAAACAUCUGACUUCAUCGCACCAACUUUUUGUCGACGUGACAAGCGGCAGCGUGUGUUCAAGCUCUUUCGGCUCAGAUGCAGAUUGUUUGCUGCCGUGUGCUGAUUCAGAAAAACUAUUGGAUUAAAAACGGGGAUCGGACGAUCUCAUGAUAA